UUUCAGUCUUUGUUCUCAUUCCGUACGUUUCUGACGUACGGCUUGUAGUUCAUUCUCAAUUUUCCCCUUAUACCUACAUACAAAUAUAAUAGUUUUUCUUACUUAUUUAUACACUCGUUUGAGAAAAUAUAUUUGUCACAGUAUUAAUAUAAUGCCAUUUAUAUCAAAGGAUUGGCGAUCUCCAGGGGAAGUAUGGGUAAAAACAGAAGAAGGAUGGGAAAAAAAGAAAAUCCUAGAAUGCUGUAAUUUUUUACUAGGACAACAAGAUCAUUUAUUGACCAGAUAUUCUGUUUCUGACCAUUCAGACGAAGAGAAGACUGAUCAAAUUGAUAACUGGAAGUUACGUUUAUGGGAAGAUACUCAACAGUGUCACCCGACCAGGAAUGAAGAUUUAAAUUCCGAGGAAAAAGAAAACAAAGGCUCUACUAAUCAUUUCAAACGUCCUAGAACUAAAUAUUCUAGUGAAAGCCAGCAUGAUGGUGUUAUACAGCCUCAUUGUCACAUUACAAUAAAAUGUACAAAAGAGAUUGCAGGGUUUAAUGGUUUAAGUGAGGCACUCAAACGAUUAGACUUUCGUUCUGCUGUGCACGAUGUUCGUCGUUUUCAUUAUAUUUGUAAACUUCUUGAUCUCCUAGUAUCUCAUAGACUAAAUGCAUUGUCUGGUUGUGCUCAAAGGGUUCUCUUUAAUAUAAUUGAAGAAGUUGCUCACCAAGUAUCUCAAAGUCAACAAAACAAACAUAUGUUAGACCGUCUUUUAGGACAACUUCGUGAGGUUGUUGAAUGUGCAUGUUGGGGCAGACCACUGGGAUCAACUAUUUUAUGGGAACAACACUUGACUACUAUUAAUCGUAUUCAUGAAAUAGCUGAUCAAAUAGAAAUUCGCCAACCUGGUGAUAAUGAAGAACCACAAUUUGAACAACUUCCAGAAGAGUGUGUUCGUGAAGUGUUGUUACGAUUAGCUGAUCAUCGUGAUCUGGAGCGUUCAGCACAUGCAUGGGGUGUAAUGGCACGUUUAGUGGAUGAAUUACGUAUCUGGCGUGAAUUAUGUCAAUUUCACUUUAGUCCACGUCAAAUACAGUCUGUGAUUGAUAGUUCACCAAGUACCAGUGAAGACUGGCAGCUUAUAUAUCACAAGUUAAGAAAAUGUUAUGGAUUACGAGAAGAAUAUGCUGAAAUGAUACAGCUAUGCCGAAAUUGUCGAUGUUUAUUUUGGCAUAGUAUUGGACAUCCGUGUAUUGCAGACACUGAUCCACAUUUUAUGGAAAAACUUGAAGAUGUUGAUAAAAAUUCUUUGUAUGUACCUAUACCGCCACAAGCUUUUCUUAAAUUUUUUUCACUUUAAUAUUCUAAAUAAAGACAAAGUAGCAUCCAAUUUAUUAGAAUUAUGUAACUAGAA